UGAGUCUGAAAAAUAAAGUUCUAAGAAGCCAAUGAUGUAACAGCACCUUCUUUGCAAAAAUUAAGGCAAGCAGACUUGAAAUAUUGGCUUUCAACUAGCCAGGUUCUUCCAUCAUACUCUUCCCUUGUGGCCCAUGUGCUACUCCCUUUGCCCUCAUUGUGCGACUGGCCCCCAACGCAAUGUGUGUUUGUCAAACCAUGGAAGUGGGGAAGUAUGGCAAGAAUGCAAGUCAACCUGGAGACCGGGGAGUCCUCCUGGAGCCUUUCAUCCAUCAGGUGGGCGGUCACAGCAGCAUGAUGCGCUAUGAUGACCACACUGUGUGCAAGCCCCUCAUUUCCCGGGAACAACGUUUCUAUGAGUCCCUCCCUCCUGAAAUGAAGGAGUUCACCCCUGAAUACAAAGGAGUUGUGUCAGUCUGCUUUGAGGGGGACAGCGAUGGCUACAUUAACCUCGUGGCCUACCCAUAUGUGGAAAGUGAGGCUCUGGAGCAGGACGACCCCCCAGAGCGGGAGCAGCCCCGACGCAAGCAUUCUCGCCGAAGCCUUCACCGCUCAGGGAGUGGCAGCGAACACAAGGAUGAACGGUCAGGGCUGAUCCCUGAGAGCUCAGAGAGCCAGCAGGACCCGAAGAGCCCCAAGGUGGAGCUGCACAUCCACUCGGACGUCCCUUUCCAGAUGCUAGAUGGGAACAGCGGCCUGAGCUCAGAAAAAAUCAGCUACAACCCCUGGAGCCUGCGCUGCCACAAGCAGCAACUGAGUCGGAUGCGUUCCGAGUCUAAGGAUAGGAAGCUCUACAAGUUCCUCUUGCUGGAGAAUGUGGUACAUCACUUCAAGUUCCCCUGCGUGCUAGACCUGAAGAUGGGGACCAGACAGCAUGGAGAUGAUGCCUCUGAGGAGAAGGCCGCCCGGCAGAUGAAGAAAUGCGAGCAGAGCACCUCGGCUACCCUGGGGGUCCGAGUCUGUGGAAUGCAGGUUUUUCAGCUGGACACAGGGCAUUAUUUAUGCAGAAAUAAAUAUUAUGGCCGCGGGCUCUCGAUCGAAGGCUUCCGCAAUGCUCUCUACCAGUAUCUCCACAAUGGCCUGGACCUCCGCAGAGAUCUCUUUGAACCCAUCUUGAGCAAACUUCGGGGUUUGAAGUCUGUGCUGGGGAGGCAGGCCUCUUAUCGGUUUUACUCCAGCUCCCUCCUCAUCAUUUAUGACGGGAAGGAGUGCAGGGCCGAGAUGUUCCUAGAGCGCCGGGCAGACACGUGCUCGAAGAACGUGGACUCGGGGCUCCCUGAGUCGGUGCCUGACAGCACCAGCCCCAGCACCAGCCCCGAGACGUCCCCCUCUGCUACACCCAAGGUGGACGUCCGCAUGAUAGACUUUGCACACAGCACGUUCAAGGGUUUUCGGGAUGACCCUACUGUGCACGAUGGGCCCGACAAGGGCUACAUGCUCGGCCUAGACAGCCUCAUAACCAUCAUGGAGCAGAUGCGAGAGGAAAACCAGUAGUGUCCUGCGCUGGGCUCCCGUGUCAGCCGUUUCCCAGAGCCCUUUCCUCUCGACCCACAGGCAGGGACCACCCACUGAACUCACCACAGAGGGCAGACAAGACAGACUUUGGUUUUAAAGGGUUAUAUUUCUCUUUGGUGUAAACUAAAAGAAAUGAUUUAGCUGUAGCCUGGAAUAUAUAUAUAUAUAUAUGUAUAUAUAUAAAAGUGAAGGAGAGAGGAAAAAGCAGAAGACACGCUCAGCCAUUUUAUUAACCACGUGGCUCUGACAGCUUUGUCCAGGCUGGCUUAGGAAGAGGAUCUCGGCAUGUUUUGGCCUCACUGAGACCAUCAGCUGCUCUGACCUUGUUAGUUCACAGGCUUCUGCCUGGUUUGUGGCCAAAAGGAGGCUUUAGGCGGGGCCAGGGACCACCAGGCCUUUCAGACUCCACUUGUCCUUGGAUUGUCUCACUUGACGCUUCCACCUGGGGGAGCACUUGAGAGCGGGAGCCUCACUGAAGGGCAGGCUUUUCAGUCAGGCACUUGAGACCCCAGCCUCUUGCAUGUCACUUAUUCCUGAGGGGCUCUGGAGGCCACCAGACCUCCCUCCCUAUGGGGCGGGGGAUGGCCUGCUGGAAGGUUUCUCUGGUGCCUGAGGACCCAAUGAGAGAGAACGUGAGUGUGAGAGAGAGGAGGGGGUGUGUGUGUGUGUGUGUGUGUCCUCUCCACCCCGGGCUAUUUGCUGCUGCUGCUUCUUGCUUUUUAAUCUCGAGCCACAAGAGACUGAAGUCAUUUGACAUGGAAUGGGGAAGUUACAGGUUUGUGAGUUGGCCUGGUGAGCGUGGGACACGGGGACUUGGCACAGGCCAGCCUCGGCAAGGAUUUGGCUUCCUCCGGCCCUCCUUGGUAUCCCUGGUUGGACCCCAACAUCAUUUCCUGCCACCCCGUAGCAUGCACCCAAACUCCAACCACAUGAGAAAUGUUUCCUCAAGAUUAGGGGAGUGAAUUUUAUUCCUAUACUCUCCUACUCAACAGGUUAUUUGGGGGCCUUGGGAGGUGGGUGGGGAGGGAGUGGAGUGCGGAUCCUGACCAGGGCUGCUUAGAGCCAGGAGCUUUGUGGUUAGCUGAGCCUAGACAUGGGGGCCGGAGUUUGUUGGGGCAGGGAAAGAAGGCCCCUAAAUAUCAAGCUUCUCUAGCCUUGGCUGCCAUAUUGCUUCUUGAUGCUCUUCUAGGAGCCCCAGAGCCUCUAAGGCGUCAUUGGCCUGCACCUCCUGUUCGAUGGGGCUUGAUCAGGAGCUGCAGGACUCCCCAAUAAAACCAAGACCCAACCUAUUUAGAAACCCAAGCUCUGGAAGUGAGCAGCUCAAGCUGCAGACCCAGAGACCAUGGGAGUUUCUGGCUUCUUCUUUGGAGCCUGCUGAAUUUUGAGAAAAGGGAGGGUGUUGAGAGGGGCCUUGGAGGAGUCUCGUGGCUCCAGCUGGACCAGUUCCCAGGCCUGCCCCUAGGUACCACGCUGCCCCGUGCACCCCUUUGUUAAUCUCCUCCGUACUCCCUUCUCAAGUAGCUCCUAACUGGGAUUCUUCCCUCCGAGUUGAGCUCUGUAGAUGCUGAGGUUUCUGGAGGAAGUGGAUUAAAUUGUAGGAAGUCCCGAGUCCUGGUGUCUUCCUGUUGGUCAUUGUCUUAGCCGGGACUCAGUGGUGAGCCUAGUACCAGGGAUGCAGCUGGAGCGAAGGCAAAGAGGCUUCAGGGGUGGUUUGCUCAGCUCCGAGCUUUGGACGCUUGGCCCAACCCAUGCUUGGCCCAACCCAUGCUUGGCCCAACCCAUGCCUCUCGUAGUGUCGUGGGAGGGGCCAGGACAGCAUGCUGCAGGCUGUUGGCUCUGCCCCCUCUGAAGCCCAAGACUGGGAUCCACUGCAGGGAGAUUUUGAGCCAGUCCUGAUCCCCGGAGAGCGGCCAGGCCAGGCUGGAGGCAGCUUCCUGAGGACAAGCUGCUCCCGGCUCCAGAAGCAUUGCGUGAGCGAGAAAGAAUGGUGUGUGAUCUCGUUAACCCUCCUUUCCUGUAGGGAGCUCAGCAUGUAAACCACCUUCCCUUUGUCUCCCGGCUGCAGUGUGCACGGGGAGCCCGUGACACACACACACACGCUCUCUCUUUAGCCUCCACCACUCCAUCUUAAUUUGGCCCCAGAGCCCUCGGAGGCAGGCCGGCCUCUAGACCUUGGCCUCUGGGCUAGCCCUCGGCCCGAAUGGACCUGGACGUUCCAAUGCCAUUGCCGGCUUCACCGGGUGAUCCCCCAGGGCAGGACGGCGCCCCGGCCGGUGGAGACGGUGCCUUUAGAGCAGACGACCGACGGCCCUCUCGAGCCUGCUCUAGCUUUCCAGCCCGUUCAGUGCCCGGCUGGAGCAAUCAGUGUUUCUGGGCCCUUGGACGGGAAGACCAGGCCAUCGCGCCCCCUUGACCAGUGUUUCUGGGCCCGGUGUUCCUGGGCUGGGCCCCGUGGCCGGGACCAUGGCAGGUUACAAGGCCAGCCUUAGAGCAGGGAGCACACUUAGAUUUCCAAGGACAUUCUUAGGCCACGUGCCCAGGCCUUUGUGCAUGGGGAAGGUCCAGAAGUGACUAGUAAAAGCCAACUGUCAAGUUUGUAGAGCGUACCAGGACGCUCCUUUGCCAAAACUUCAAGAGAAAGAGGCCAUCAUCGUGCUGAGGCCACCCGCAGGGCCUGGGCUUGGGCGCGUUGCCGCAGAGGGGCCCUUUGCCAUCCUUCGUCCUGCUGUCCAUCCCGGCCGGCCUUGGGGGAGGGGCUGUGGGAUCCCAACACUGGACCAAAGAGAGGGAUGGCAAAGGAGCCCAGCACUUGGGUGUUUUUGUUCAAAAUCUCUGUAUAGUAUUUACGUGGGGCCAAUGAGCACUAGCCACUUGCAAAAAAAUGGAAGGCCGGGCUUUUGGAGCCUGGGACCUGGGCUGGGGUGGUCGUGAACCAGGGACUAUGUCAGGCCACCCCCCGGGUCUGCUGAGUGGGAAUGGACCAGGGAGGGCCGGGCCCCCCAGGCCCAAACACUUUGCUUUGUCUGCCGCAUGGUCUGAUUUUACGUUAGAAGAGCGCCACUCGCUUGGUAAGAGCCUCCCCAUCCGUCCCUGCUCUUCCCAGAAGGAGAAGGACAAUCAGGCUCUGUUGCCGAAGAAGAAAACUGCCCGUCCCGCCUCCUAUGCAGUGGCGUUCUGACGUGUCUUCUGGCCUUUUUCUGCAUAUCUUUAGUUUUCCCUGGAACUUGUUUAGGGGCAUGACCGUGACAGUGUCUGUGUACUCCCCCGCACUGUUCCCUUGCCUUCUGUCUAAAAGUCAUGUAUAUAAGAAUAAAGUCACCCAGAAACGUA